AUGGAUGAAUUUCAGCAUGUUUAUCAAACAAAAAGGAUUACUUUCACUUUGAAGAAUGAUUUGCAGGUUUUGAUUCCACAUGAGGACCUGGUCUGGAAUAGGCAGGACGAGGAAACCAUGAGGACCACCUCUCAGGACAGCGAUGGAAUCAACAGGUCUGCAACGCUGGCCUCCACGAGCUGCCAUCCUACCCUCCUUACCAGCUCUGCCUUGGACGAGUUCAGGAUGUUGGCAACCUUGAGGAGAUUGAGCAGAAACCGCAUAGGAGAUGACGUCCCUCUCCGCUGGCAGCAUUCACAGGCUCACGAUCUUCUCGAUAAGGUGGCAGUGCUUAGCGAUCUGCUUCACGUCCCCAUUCCCGGUUAA